ACUGAAAUCUGCACAGAGCCUGACCUCAGAUUACAGGCAUUCCCUGCAUUAGACAUUAUAGCCUUUUGCAUCGGCUGCCCCCCCCCUCCAGUCCAUCCGUUCAGUGUCUGCUACCCCUCUCAGCCAAUCCCUCCACUGGCCUCCACUCAGUGUCCUCCAUCCCUCUCUGCCAAUCCCUCCACUGGCCUCCACUCAGUGUCCUCCAUCCCUCUCUGCCAAUCCCUCCACUGGCCUCCACUCAAUGUCCUCCAUCCCUCUCUGCCAAUCCCUCCACUGGCCUCCACUCAGUGUCCUCCAUCCCUCUCUGCCAAUCCCUCCACAGGCCUCCACUCAGUGUCCUCCAUCCCUCUCUGCCAAUCCCUCCACUGGCCUCCACUCAGUGUCCUCCAUACCUCUCUGCCAAUCCCUCCACAGGCCUCCACUCAGUGUCCUCCACCCCUCUCUGCCAAUCCAUCCACUGGUCUCCAUUCAGUGUCCUCUGUCCCU